UUCUUCUCGACGGUCAGCGGACGCUGCCGUCGCCGCAAGUGUGGAGGACCUCCCCGAUGCUCGAGAACGCGACGCCGAGCUCGUCGUAAACCUGCAGGGGCAGUUGGUGCUCAUGCGUCCCGGAGAGAGCAUGUGGAACGAUUUGAAGCUUUUCACAGGGGAUGUGGAUAUUCCGUUGACCGAGAAGGGGGUGAUGGAAGCGCUAGCAGGGGGGAAAGCUGUCAGCGAAGUUGACUUCGACAUCAUUUUCACCCGCCGUCUGGUCCGCUCCAAGCAGACCGCACUCAAUGCCAUGACUCAGGACACGUACCGAAGAACGACUGUCUUCUUCGAGCAGACCAUCGAAGCUCGGCUCAAGGAAGGGAAGAAUGUCCUCGUGGUAGCGCACGGAAACGUCUUAAGAUGCAUCAACACUUACCUUUCCGGCUUGUCGGUCGACGAAAUGCUUGCUCUUCAGGUGGCGACGGCAUUGCCCUAUGCUUACGCAUACAAUGGACAUUGUUUUGCUCAACAUUGCCUACUGCCCCCCACGCAUUCAGACAUUCAUCACAGCUCGUGGGGUUGGGAUGGGACAGCUUCGGCUUCCAAAAAGGGAGAUCUUGAUUCCUUAAUAUAAUCC